AUGGACAGAUUCAUUGGAAACACUGGUGUUAUUGUCAUUGCUGCCACCAACAGACUUGAGAUUCUUGAUUGUGCAUUGCUUAGACCUGGCAGGUCUUUCAUUCUCAAAGCAUCGAAAACCUUGAUCAAGGAAGGAGCAAUUGGCAGAGUGGUAGAAAGGGUAGGAUUCAUCCCAAAUCUAGUUACCAUCAUAAACAUUGCAUUGAUCGCCCUUUUUAGAGAGAAAUUGAACCAGUGGAGGAGUAGUGGAAGAAGAAGAAGAAGUAGCGUAGUUUCCCAAGAACGUAAGCCUCUGUAG